AGGUGCGCGCACCGCGGGAGUGCCCCUCAAUUCCGGUUCGCUUCCUAGCCCCUCCCCCUUCAGCUCCCAGGCGGCUGCGCAAGGCGCUGCACGCGAGGGGCGAAAGAACAGGCUACACUCCUCUCUUCCUCCACUUUUCGUCUCUGGUUACAGCGCCACCUCAUGGUUGACUGAAGCUUUGACAGAAGAUUAGUUCUUCUGGGACAAGAAAUCAGAAUCCUACAUCUUCCCUGCGCCUUUAAGGUUAGUUAGCGAAAACUAAAAAUAGCGAGAAAACGUACUUUUCAGGUCCUCUUAUGAACUACAUUCUUCCCUGUUCUCGGAGGACCUGGACUCUAUGGUCAGUGACGAAGAGGGGCGUCUUCUUUCGGCGCAUGCGUGAUGCGAGGUGGUUCCGCAUGCGCAGUGGGGUUAAGCGAAGCGCACGCUGAGGAGCUUCGGCGGUCGGUGAGAGUGGAUCCGGUCUGAGUUUUCGGUUAAAGAGCGUGGCGCGGGUCCCCAGUGCGGGAUUCACACACAUACCUCAGGUCUCAGAAUACUUUAUAGAUGGUCAUUAUUUUUUAUGGUUCCUCUGAAAGUGAUGGCAGAGAAUCACCCAAGCCUUACAAAAAUUUGGAGCAAAAUAAAAAUUAAAGCUUGGUUCCUGAACAUCUGGCUUUCAUCUGGUAUCAUUUAAGAAGUUUGAAAAGAAUGCCGGGUCUAAGCUGUAGAUUUUAUCAACACAAAUUUCCUGAGGUGGAAGACGUAGUGAUGGUGAAUGUAAGGUCCAUUGCUGAAAUGGGGGCUUACGUCAGCUUGCUAGAGUACAACAAUAUUGAAGGCAUGAUUCUUCUUAGUGAGUUGUCCAGAAGGCGUAUCCGUUCUAUAAACAAACUCAUCCGAAUUGGCAGAAAUGAAUGUGUGGUUGUCAUUAGAGUGGACAAAGAAAAAGGAUACAUUGAUUUGUCAAAAAGAAGAGUUUCUCCAGAGGAAGCAAUCAAAUGUGAAGAUAAAUUCACCAAAUCCAAAACUGUUUACAGCAUUCUUCGUCAUGUUGCUGAGGUGUUAGAGUACACCAAGGAUGAGCAGCUGGAAAGCCUGUUCCAGAGGACUGCCUGGGUCUUUGAUGACAAGUACAAGAGACCCGGAUACGGUGCCUAUGAUGCGUUUAAGCAUGCAGUCUCGGACCCCUCUAUUUUGGACAGUUUAGAUUUGAAUGAAGAUGAACGGGAAGUACUCAUUAACAAUAUUAAUAGGCGUUUGACCCCACAGGCAGUCAAAAUUCGAGCAGAUAUUGAAGUGGCUUGUUAUGGUUAUGAAGGCAUUGAUGCCGUAAAAGAAGCCCUGAGAGCAGGUUUGAAUUGUUCUACAGAAACUAUGCCCAUCAAGAUUAAUCUAAUAGCUCCUCCUCGGUAUGUGAUGACUACAACAACCCUGGAGAGAACAGAAGGUCUCUCUGUCCUCAAUCAAGCUAUGGCUGUUAUCAAAGAAAAGAUUGAGGAAAAGAGGGGUGUCUUCAAUGUGCAAAUGGAGCCCAAAGUGGUUACAGAUACAGAUGAGACCGAACUUGCAAGGCAACUGGAGAGGCUUGAGAGAGAAAAUGCAGAAGUGGAUGGAGAUGAUGAUGCAGAAGAAAUGGAAGCCAAAACUGAAGAUUAACUUUGUGGGAAACAGAGUCCAGUUUAAGGAACACAGAGCAGCCCUUCCUGGCUGUAAACCCUAGACUUGAAAGUUUUCCAGUAUUGAAAACUUCAAAGCUGAAUAUUUUUUAUUUCCAAGUAUUUAAAUGUUCCAGCAGACCAAAACGUGAAAUGCCCUCCUGAAUGUCAGCUGUUUUCACAUAGUAGCUCUAAUACAUUUUUAAGGGAGUGGCCUGAUUUCACUAGACACAAAUCUUUAAGCUAAGAACAGUCAUAAAAUUGGGCUUGUGGUUUCCAUUUCUGAUGUCUCCACAUUGGCACCCCCUCGUAGUUCAGUGCUCCCGUGAGAUUUGCCAGGGGCACCCAAAGCAAAUAGUCCCAACCUUUCUAUAUAAAAUGUAUCAAGCAAACAUUAAAUAAAUUUCUGGGAUAUUUAACCAUAGGUUUCUUCCUUCUUAUCACCAGUUAAAAGCAUUAUGAAUACUUAAGACCCUAAUUCUAUUAUCUUCAUUUUAGCCUAGAUGUAGAAAUAAAAGGGCAGGUGACCAAAGGAUCUACAGAGCAGAUCCUUUCAAAAGGAGGAUUUAGAAAAAAUUUUACCUUUAAUCACAAUGAAAGCUGACUCUUAGGGAAAAAAAGCCUUAAAAUGCAAUUAAAGAUUACAUUGGUUGUAUGCCUUUUACCUAUUUGAGACUGAUGACAACAUGUGGUAUGAGGGAGAGUUUAUCACACUGCAUUGUUGGUGCACUAAGCUGCUUGCCUUGAGUUUGUAAUUCAGGGUGGUAAAGUAUGGUUUUUUCCUUAAAUGCUGCUUCUCUAAUUUAGUUAUUUUGAGUAUCAUCGCACAGCUUUUGAUUUUUUUCCCAUUAAAAUAUUCACUAGGUGCCACCGAGAACUUCAGUUCUCUUUAUAACAGAAUAGGGAUGUUUGAACACAAUUACAACAAUAUUUCUACAUGUUUCCAUCAUUUUUAUCUUUAAGAACUAAUUAUUUUAAAGGUAUAUAAAUUUAAAGAUAAAUCAUAAAUAUAAAGGUGAAUAAAUUUCAUAGAUAACAUAUGGUUUGAAGUUAUAGCUACAGUAGCCAGGGUGUAGAAAGUCUUGAGUUACUUUGGUCUGCCUCAUAGAUUUAAUCUCAAGAUACUUGAGGUUUUAAAUAUAUUAAUUUUAUUAAUUAUUCCUAAGAAUAGCUAUUUAAAUACUUAGAAGAUAAACCUAACCCAUGCUGGUCAAUCCAGGACUAGACUCAAUAUUAAAGGGACUGAAAAACAGCAGAGUGUGUUGGUGAGACAGUUUGGCCAUUUGUGAAAGUUUGUCCCUUUGUCUAAUUUAGCAGAUUACAAGCUUUUUAAAUCCAGAAGUCUAAUUUCAUAUGGCCAUUUCCACAAGGGAGUUGUGAUUGCUAGCUAGCAUGCUGCACUGGGAAUAUUUAGAGGAUAAUCCAGAUGUGCUCAAAACUGGCACAUAAUUUCCACCACUGUCUUUGAGGAGUCAAAAAAGAAGUCUGUAAAGCUUGCAGCAUCAAGAAUGUCAUUGAAAUAGAAAGGUGUUCCUUAAAUGUUUGCUGUAGGCAGGGGAAUUGAAUUUUUACUGAAUUUUUUAAUACUUCAGAAGCCAUAACUGUUGAGAAAUAAGGUGGCCUCUGUGGUGAGUGGUUUUAUCCCAUGCAGGCCUUUUGCUCAAUUCCAUAACAAUUUCACAAAUUUAUGACCCUUGCCAGAGAAGAGAUCAAUACCUCACUGACACCAUAAAAGAGAAAACUAACUCAAAGUAUAAAUAUAUCCUGCUGACCUAAAAGUAUCCCUUUCCACUAUGGGGACAGGAUACACACCCAGUUCCAAAUAACUCGAAGGACAGAUUGACUAAGACAACUGACCAGCUUAUCCAAAUCUUGACUCUCUCCCUAAAAAGCUUCUUCAUUAAAAAUUAAUUUCGUCUAUUCCCCAUUCUGCUUUUGAGGUCAAGUGGUUAUCAACUCAUAUAACUGAAGAUUAGCAAUAGUUUGGUUCUCAUUUAUGCAUAAAUUAAUUGAAAUAAAAAAUUGCCAAGAAAAAAUACAAACAUUCAAACUGUUUUUCAUGUUUUAUAGGAAAACAGGACAAACCAGUACUUAGGUGGAUAACGCUCAGCCACUGAGUGGGAGCCUACAGAGGUGGGCCCAGCCCUGCAUCAUGCUGAGCAGUGCAGUUGUGACCGUUGCCGUGCUUCCAGACACUCUUGACCUAGCUCCCUACCUUUACAUCAAGGACCAUUAAAUGAAAAUGGUUCAGGAUUUUUAAAAAUUCAGGUGCUAGUAUCUUGGUGAGAGUUGUUCCCUGAUUUGCCUCAAGCUGAUGGUCAUUUACUUUUCAAUGCGUGAAGAUUCUGGUGUCUCCUAUACAGAGUAGAUGCAGUUGUGCCAAUUUGGAGUCAAGAAGCCAUCAAACCAAAUACAGUUUAAUUCCAAAAAACACCUGUUGAUAAUUUAAAAAGCAAUAAAGAAACUAAUUCCAGGGACAUUAGACCUUGGUGAAAUGCCAAAUGGAAAAUGGUGCUUUAAAAGGCAGUCUCUUACAGUGUAAGGAAUAAAGUAAAACCUCAUUAACUUGGAAUUCCUGAUCAUUCAGGGCAGGUAUUCUAAACAAGAUUAAGAGGAGACAGUUCAAACUAUUUAAGAGGACAAAUUUUUACUUACGUACUUUGGAAGUAUCUACUCCCCUUAAGUGUAAGUUACAUAUCUAUUCAUUAAAGGCAGUCUAAGUGCUUGGCAAGAAUGCUGGGAGUAGCUUGUGCCAGAUUACUGUAUAAACUUGAAAGUAAUAAAAAUAUUUUUAAA